AUGUCAACAAAGAAUUCCGUUGUAGGUUCGGCUUCCGGGUCGCAUGCGUCAACCGCGGGUGAGACAGUAACAUCAACCCGCAGUGGGACAUCCUCUCGGCAUUCUAGGCAGAGACGGCAGCAGUACGAUUACGUGAAGAAUCCUUCGGAACCAAUGACCGCAAUGGAGAGGCUCAAACUUGUGCGCUGCUCCAUAGCGCGGCUGCGCUAUCUUGGUGAGCGCCAUCGUCACACGUCGAAGCUCGACACAACCGGUGGUGACCGGCUGCUGAGUUUCUUCGAGGGACUACGCAAGCGAGUACUGAAGCUUGAGUACAACCCCCGUGUAGUCGCAAAAUCCAAAGUCGGUGCACCAAAGCACCUUGAUUAUAUCAGAGGGCACGCGAAUGCUCUUCUGGGAGAGGCAUCGACCAUUAUUUCCGAAUGUGAACAAGCGAUGGACCGAAGCGAAGCUGUGUACGAGGGUCUUGCGUAUCACCAGCUCCAAGAUACACAUCGCGAGUUGGAGAACUUAGUAGGGUUGCUAUCUGGUGCGCCAUCAGAUAUGGAGAGCGCUGGAUCUUUGAAACUACUUGCUGACCUGGUUUCUCCUCAUGUGGCCGAAUUUGAUGCCUUUGCAGAGCAGCGCGUGCCAGAGUUUUUACAAGAAUUGAAAAACGAGGGUUUCCUUUUCUCUUCAGUAAUAAAUGAUUCUCAACAACCUGCCAAUGCGAUUGGACUUCUGUCAGUGUUCAUUGUCGAUGUCGCCAUCGGAGUUCGACCUGGGCGUUCUGCUAGGUUGGUGAUUCAGCAUGCCCUUCACAACUUGGCCAGGCUCAAGUCUCGUGUUGACAAAGCCGAUCUAACCCUUGGGGCGGAGGAAGACAGUAGCAAUAACGAACAUCACAGGAUGCAGUCUCUCGAAUUCGAGGUUAUUCGUGGCCGUUUAAGAGAAGCUAAGGAGGAAUUGGAAAGAAUAAGGGAUAAGUGGGAUCACGACGAAGGGGAUAUAUUCUCACGCGCCGGUACUGGGGUUCAAGGUUUGCAGUCAAUUAUUGAUGCAAAGCGAGUGAAGGAGUCGACGGUGAUUGAGGAGGCGCAAGCAAUACAUGAUCGAACAGUUUAUGCGUGCCUUCCUUUUGCGUCUCCGCAAUACUGUCGCAUUCGGAGUGAGACAUAUUCCCAACCUUGCCAUGUGCGGGUGGGUUUUAAGUUCGUUGCCAAGGGAGAUGGAUCAGUCUCUCGAACGAAGACGCAGUUGAUAUAUAAUCUUAUGCCAGAAUUCUUGAUUCUCAUGCGCCAACAAGGGAUUGCCCCUUCUGAUCAAGAGCGUUUUGCCACCCUUGCACCCAGUAAGUACGAGUUGUGGUUAUCCCUGGGAGAGUUACCGGAGAUGGUAUUGGGUGCUCGCUGCGCCCUCCGCGGUGUGAACCAGCGACUUGAUCACUUUCGUGCCUUAGAGGAGCAAAAGGAGGUAGGCGGUUAUUUCGUUUUGCGCGGUGGUGAGCGUAUUCUACGGAACCUCAUUCUACAGCGCUGCAAUGUUCCUCUUAAUAUCGAGCGUGAGCGGUUUGCGACCGUGGAUUCUUUCUUUUCUCCGAGGGCGGUAAUUAUCCGUUGCAAGCGUCCGAGUGGUUUAACCGUCCAAAACUACUUCUACUAUGCAACCAAGGGUGAGGUGAUCUUUACCUUCGCACGGAGGGUCGUGUGGAAUAUCCCGGCCCUAUUGGUAUUAUCUGCCCUGAACACCCGGCAUCGGACUUCGCUGGAUAUAUACAAGCUUCUUACCAUUGGCCUCACCAACGGUAGAAGCCCUCAUGCUGCGCGUGUGGAGGCACUUUUGCAGCACCAUAGCCAGAUGCCGUACAGUACUCUCGACAAUUUCCUGGAUUAUUUAGCGGUCGUGGGUCUGAUGUACAGACGGUACCACGAGUCAUCCUUUAUCUUUCGGUUUCUCCCGCAGUAUCACACUUCUUUUGCCACUCAGCACGACGCCUGGUAUGGUUUGUUCAUGCUGCGACGACAUAUGUUGCCGCACUUGAAUACUGCUGAGGCUACGCCGGAUUUGCCGCCUACAGCCACCUCACGAGAGAUCAGGGAGUGGCUUUCCACUGGACUCCAGGAGGAGCUAGCUGCGAAGUUCGAUGCAUUAAUUGGUAUCUUGCGUCAGCUGUUGGUUUUUAAUGACGGUGCAACGGGUAACCAGGGGAACGACGUGCUCGCUUAUCAGGAGGUGUUCACGGUUUCGCAAGUGCUAAUAGGUGCUUUCGAGGUGUCAUUGAUGAAAACCAUGGGGGCAGUGACCUUUCGUAUGGCAGGUCAACUUUCCCCUGAGAUAUUUCAAGCCACUAUGUGCUUGGCAGAAACUCCAAUACGAGAAGCCGCCAAUACCCUUGAGAAGCUGAAUCAGUUACUGGAAUACAGCUGUCGUAACAAUGGACCUGAUCCACUUAUUACACUCAAUCGGUUGCUUCUUACGGGAAACUUUGCCCUUGACCGUGAAGAAGAUUUUUAUUCUCCCCAAACCGCUGGCUGGGCAGUUAUGACGGAACACUUAAACUUCUAUCGCUCCUUUGAGCAGCUCAUGUGCGUACAUCGUGGUAAAUCGAUCGCAGAAAUGCGUUCGAGUGAUGUGCGCAGGUACCCAUGCGAGGCUUACGGGUUUAUAUGCAUGGUUCAUAGCCCCGAUGGCGAGGAUUGCGGUGUCUUAAAUCACCUGAGUAUAAGCACGGUUCUUUCUGCCUCUCCUCGAGUUGGGUCAAGCCAGUACAAAAUUCUCCUGGCUUUCAUUGAGGAAGAGCUAAAGAAUGUUAGGAAUACCACAUCACUGAUUUCCUGUGUGGAUCAGCUGGUCGGUACCGUUCCUGUGUGGUUGGAAGGAAGGCUGCUGGGUUACCUCUCACCUAACGAGGCUCUGAGUGCCUCCAAAGCUCUCACACAGAAGAAGGCAUUACGAAGCCGGGGAGUUGUGGGUGUCACAGGUAUCGUGAGGCGCGACAGUAUAAGUUCUCUAAACACUAUGGAGGUUGUCUACAUACCGCCUGGGAGCAAGGAUCCAAUGGGGUUGUACAUAUUUUACCAGUACGGAAGACUCAUGCGCCCGGUGCUGCAAAUUGAGUCGCCGUCUCGCGGCGGCGACCUUCCAUUUCCUGUCGUUUACCUAGGUACUUGGGAGCAGUCGUGGAGGGACAUUGCUGCCGUCCCCUCCGACCUUUUUGAUGGUUUUGACCAACUGAGACGCAAGUACGAGUUUAUGGAACAAAACGGGUUCAACAUAUUGAGCUUCACUUCCUCGACGAUUCCAUUCUUUGAACAUAACUGUUCUCCCCGUAACCUUUUUCAGUGUGGAUUGUCAAAACAGACGGCUGGUACACAACUCCAAACUCAGGCAUGGCGACGGGAUGCGAAGCUCUUCCGCAUGUACUAUCCCCAACGUUAUAUUAGUCGUACACUCCCGAUGGAUUACUUUGGCCUAGAUGACGUAAGCUUGGGAGUUAAUGCGGUGGUUGCCAUCCUUGCCUACACAGGCUAUGAUUUGGACGAUGCCAUGAUACUAAACAGCACAGCGAAACAAUUUGGUAUGCUUAAUGCUGGUGUUACCGUUGCAAAGAUCGUAAAAGCCAGUGGGAAAGGAGACAGCAACGAUGUCUUCGUGUUUCACAACUGUCUUCCAGAUGGGCAGCCCUUCACACCGGAGUUGGAUCGUCACGGCCUUCCGAAAAAGCGUGCAGUGCCCAAUGCAACGGCGUAUUUCUCGUUUGAUACCGAUCACAAAUAUCCGUCGUUGAGGGAUAGCAGUGCAGUGUAUUGUUGUGCCAAGCGCUUUGAGUACAUCGACCCAUUAACCAAUGAGAAGACUUAUGAAUACACACGUCACCAAAUAACGAAGUGGAGGCACUUUGACAAAGGUGAGGAUGCAUGGGUCCACAGCGUCAUUCCACUAACAUAUGACGGACCGGACCCCACCAGUGUGCUGGUUUUGUUCCGUAUCCCGCGCCCGCCUGUUAUCGGUGACAAAUUUUCCUCGCGCCAUGGACAGAAGGGGACACUUCCCCUUGACAUACGCUCUCACGAUUUACCGUUCAGCACACGUGAUGGUAUUACGCCUGACAUUAUUAUCAACCCUCAUGCUUUCCCCUCCCGCAUGACAGUAGGCAUGGUGCUGGAGAUGAUGGGUGCGAAGCUGGGCUGUAUCCAAGGUCGGUUGUGCGAUCAUAGUGCAUGGAGUGUUAUUGAUGAGCAGCCCCGAUCCGCUAAAACGAUUGGCGACGCCCUUGAGGCACUCGGUUACAACCGAUAUGGCCGUGAGAAACUUAUAGAUGGCAUAACUGGGGAGGAAAUCGAAGCUGAAGUAUUGGUAGGCAUCUCGGGAUACCAGCGCUUGCGGCACAUGGUAAGUGACAAGUGGCAGGCGCGGGCCAGGACAGAUUCCCACACUCAUCGAGCAGUGACGAAAACAGGGCAACCAGUGAAGGGACGUAAGCGCCACGGUGGCGUCCGCGUCGGUGAGAUGGAGCGUGACGCGUUGCUUUCCCACGGUGUGGCUGAGGUCGUUAUCGACAGGCUGCUUCAUGUGUCCGAUAAAACGAAGGCUUUUAUUUGUGUUGAGUGCGGCUCUAUGCUGUCCAUUUACGAACGACACGCAACAGAAUAUUCAACGUGGAAAACGUGCAAAUUCUGCAGUGCAGGUCUGCACGAGACAGAUGACACAAUAGCUUUCGUUGAGAUCCCGCAGGUGCUUCGUCUCUGGGCAACGGAGCUUACAAGCGUCGGCAUUCGAGUUGUGCUGAAGACCAGUGAAACAUCCUUGUAA